GAAUCCCUAGAACAUAUCCUCACCGAAUGCAACAGCCCCCCACAAAAACUAAUAUGGCAUUUGGCAAAACAACUAUGGCCCCACAAUGACACCCCAUGGCCUGAUACAUCACUCGGCACCAUCCUAGGAUGCAGAUCAAUAAAAACCCCGGAAGAAAUGUGUGAAGGCGACAAAGGGAGAAUAAAACCAACGAAUUCAAUGCAAGGAAAAUCAAGAUUACUGCAAAUCAUUAUCUCAGAGUCGGCUUACCUAAUAUGGGUCCUACGAUGCAAACACGUUAUCCAGGGCACAUCCCACAAUAACGAGAACAUCAUAAAACAAUGGCACAGGGCAAUUGAUGCCCGACUUCAACUAGACAGAGUAUCUGCCAGCAAAAUUAAAAGAACCGCAAAAUUCACCAACCUAGUCCACGCCACAUGGUCAACAACACUAUUGAAGGAAUCACCCCUCCCCAAAAACUGGGUAACAUCACUUGAGGUUUUAGUGGGUAUUAAGCUUCCCCAACCCCCACAGACCAAGGCAACCUAG